GGGAACCAGAAAGCAAGCAAGCUCUCCAACAUUACUGACCAACAAAGAGAUUGCUCAGGCUACUGAUUUUCCAAAGCAAACUAAACAGAAAGCAACAGGACUGCAAAACAGAGCAAGAAGCAUCAUGAGCACUGCAGGCAAAGUCAUUAAAUGCAAAGCUGCCGUUGCCUGGGAGAUUAAGAAGCCCCUGAGCAUUGAGCAAAUUGAAGUUGCUCCACCAAAGGCUCAUGAAGUUCGGGUUAAGAUUUUGGCCACCGGGAUCUGUCGCUCAGAUGACCAUGUGCUCAGCGGUGCACUUACUGUGCCUUUGCCAAUGGUUCUGGGCCAUGAAUCAGCUGGCAUCGUGGAGAGCAUUGGGGAGGGAGUUACUUCUGUGAAACCAGGAGACAAGGUAAUCCCACUUUUUAUUCCACAGUGUGGAAAAUGCCGCACUUGCCGAAGUGCCAGGGGCAACCUGUGCUCUGAAAAUGACCUCAGCAAAAUAAGUGGAUUGAUGCUUGAUGGCACCACCAGGUUUACUUGCAAAGGGAAGAGCCUUCACCAUUUCAUUAGCACCAGCACUUUCACUGAAUACACCGUUGUGCAUGAGAAUGCAGUGGCCAAAAUUGAUGAUGAUGCCCCUUUGGAAAAAGUGUGUCUGAUUGGCUGUGGAUUUUCUACUGGUUAUGGAGCUGCUGUUCAAACAGCUCAGGUGGAACCUGGAUCUACCUGUGCUGUCUUUGGCUUGGGAGGAGUGGGUCUCUCCACGGUCAUGGGCUGCAAGGCUGCAGGAGCUUCCCAGAUCAUUGCGGUUGACAUCAACAAAAGCAAAUUUCCCAAAGCUAAAGAGAUGGGAGCCACUGAGUGUGUCAACCCUCUGGAUUUCAAGAAGCCCAUCAAUGAAGUGUUGUUUGACUUGACUGGUGGUGAAGGUGUCGACUACUCAUUUGAAGUGGUUGGGCGCACAGAUACCAUGACUGCUGCCCUGGCUUCCUGCCACAACAAUAUUGGAACCAGCGUGAUUGUGGGAGUGCCUCCUACAGCUUCUCAGCUCAACUUAGACCCAAUGCUGCUUUUCACAGGCCGCACCUGGAAAGGAUCUGUGUUUGGCGGCUGGAAGACUAGAGAUUAUAUUCCCAAACUGGUUUCUGAUUUCAUGGGGAAGAAAUUCAUACUGGAUCCAUUAAUUACUCACACACUACCUUUUGACAAAAUCAAUGAAGGAUUUGAACUGCUCCGGACAGGAAAGAGCAUCCGCACUGUCUUGACAUUUUAAGAUCUUCAAGCAGGAGGGAAAACGGCAGAAUGACCAUCAGCAGCUAAAGCUCCUUUUCUACAAUGUUGAUACUCAACCAUGUAUGCUGUGUUUGGUUCCUCCAGUUCUCUCCCCGUAUUGCCCAAUGAACCAAAUAAAUGCUGAAAACUU